UGCUGCGCAUGCGCAAGAAGGUGGGGCGCGGGAACCCAUGCGGAUAUACCGCUAUGUAAAAUGGCGGCGUGAGAGAGGCUCGUUCAAAACACAGCGGUUACCUGUUAGCACCUGUUAGCUUCCUGUUAGCACCUGUACCUACCUGAGACUACCUGAGACUACCUGAGCUGACGUCUGCGGAGCGGGCUGCGGCGCGUGGAGCUGUCUGAGGUCCAGUAAAGACUUUCAGUCGGUGGGAUGGCGAAGAGGAUCGCGGACAAAGAGCUGACGGACAGGAACUGGGACCAGGAGGACGAGGGAGAGGAGGCCGGGACGUUCUCCGUGGCGAGUGAAGAUGUUCUGAAGAAUCGAGCGAUAAAGAAAGCCAAACGCAGGAACGUCGGCUCCGAGGGCGAGAGCAGCGGCUCCUUCAAAGGUUUCAAAGGUUUUUCUUUGAGCGGGGCGGCGAGCGGCGGCUCGGCUCCGACGGCGUUCUCCGGUUUUGGGAACGGCGGCGGAUUUAAAGGCCUCGGCGGUCUGACCAACGGGAACAGCAUCGCUCCGUCAUUCGGAGGAUUCUCGUCUCCGGCUGCUCCACCCACCGCCACGUCCUCCACCGCUGCUCCACCCACCGCUACACCCGGUCUAACGUUUAAUGGCCCCGCCUCCUCCAAGCCCCCCGGUGACAUCACAGUGAAGCAGACCAAUGGCUCGGCAGCGCCCCCGGCUCCGAGCUCGGGCUGCAGCUCCGGUGCCGGCAGUAACCGGGAGUACAGCCGGCAGCUGACGGCGCUGAACUGCUCGGUGAGGGACUGGAUCACCAAACACGUCAACGACAACCCGCUCUGCGACCUCAACCCCAUCUUCAGGGAUUAUGAGCGCCACCUGGCCUCCAUCGAGCGCCAGUACGGAGCCGGCUCUGCUGACGGAGGCUCUGAGGAGAAGAAGCUGCCAUCCACAGCUGCUGCUCCUGCCUCCUCCUCCUCCUCCUCCUCCUCCUCCUCUGGCAGCAGGAGCAGCUCCACAGCUCCGGCUUCUUUAUUCUCCUUCGGUAAAAACACGACAGAAGACUCGACCCGGGACAAAAGCGCCGGCGCUCCCAUCGGCGCCGGCGUCACGUUUAACUUCGGUCAGAAGGUGGACAGCUCGGUGCUCGGCUCCUUGGGCUCCAAGUCCACUCCUCCCAGCUUCUCCUUCUCCUCCAGCGCCUCCUCCAGUCAGACUCUGUUCGGAGCUCCUGGAGCAGCUGCAGCGCUGAGCUUCAGCGGGAGCAAGAGCGAGGACGCCCGACCUGCAGACGAGAACGGAGACGAGGAGUCGGAGGAGCCGCCCAGACCCGAGAUCAGAGAGGUGAAGGAGGACGACGCCUUCUACUCCAAGAAGUGUAAGCUCUUCUAUAAGAAGGACUCUGAGUUUAAGGAGAAAGGAGUCGGCACGCUUCACCUCAAACAGACGGACGACGGGAAAACUCAGAUGAUCAUCCGAGCCGACACGAACCUGGGAAACAUCCUGCUGAACAUCAUGGUGCAGUCGUCCAUGCCGUGCUCUCGGGUGGGGAAGAACAACGUGAUGGUGGUGUGCGUUCCCAACCCGGCCGUGGACGACAAGAACCCGAGCAGUCCGGUGCCGCUGCUGAUCCGGGUGAAGACGGCCGAGGACGCCGACGAGCUCCACAAGACGCUGGAGGAGAAGAAAGGCUGAGGCCGGCGAGCGUCAGCACCUCCAGACUCUCCGACCUCAUCACAGCAGUUUACUCCACCCACACCGCCCCGUGCGUCUCCUCCGCCCCUCUCCAUGACUCGGUCGUCAUACUGUGAAACUUUUUGUUUUUAAUCGACAUCAGAAGCAGCUCGUCGUCGUCAUGGCUACAUUCCUCCGGCUCGACGCGGCUGCUGUUUUAACGACGUCGUGUCACUUCCUGUUUUAAUUUGGUCGUCAGUGAGCGUGAUGAUGAUGAAGAUGAUGAAGAUGAUGAUGAAUGAUGUCACUGUGUUUGGAAGGCUCCAGAUAAAAUCAGCGAUUUGGUUUUACAAAUUAAAUCUUCAGUAACAGUUAAUGUUUUAAAGUCCAGGACGUGGAGUGUCUGCUGAGUUUCUUUAUUUAUUGUCUGCAGGAUGAUUUGUACUGACCCGACCCGGCGUGAAUGUUCCCCUGAUCACGUGACAGACCAGCUGUUCGUUUGUUUUCCAAGUGUCCUUUGUGUGGCCUCGGUCGCCUGCUCGAUGAGGCAUGCUGUCAUCGUCUGAACAUUUGUAAAGACGUUUAUUGGAAUAAAAGGAAACCAAGCA